GUGUGUGGAGACUCGUCACAUGACGCUGCUUCUGGCUGCUGUCAUGCUGGUAUAAAUCCACCUCUGUAGAUCUAGUCAGCCCUUUCGCUCCACGCUUAACUGCUGUGUGUUCCAGUCCAGGCUACAAAGUAGCUUCGACUUCUUCAGUCAUGGCUGAUCAGGCUUUUGUGACGUUGGCCACCAAUGACAACUAUGCUCGAGGAGCCAUGGUUUUGGGCAAGUCCCUACGCAUCCACAAGACAUCCAGGAAGCUGGUGGUACUCAUCGGUCCACAAAUGUCGGAGCAGUGCCGGGCCGUGCUGAAGAGGAUCUUUGACGAGGUGAGGGUGGUGGACGUGUUGGAUAGCGGCGACACGGCACACCUGGCCAUGAUGAAGAGGCCUGACCUAGGCGUCACCUUCACCAAACUCCAUUGCUGGACUCUCACACAUUACUCCAAAUGUGUUUUCAUGGACGCAGACACACUGGUGCUUUCAAAUAUAGAUGAGCUGUUUGACAGAGAAGAAUUGUCAGCUGCUCCUGACCCUGGCUGGCCCGACUGCUUCAACUCUGGUGUGUUUGUUUUCCGCCCUUCUAUGGAGACCUAUGGCAAACUGCUCCAGUUUUGUACAGAACACGGCAGCUUUGAUGGAGGAGACCAAGGCGUUUUGAAUGGCUUCUACAGCGACUGGGCAACAGCUGACAUAUCCAAACACCUCCCAUUCAUCUACAACCUCAGCAGCAUAGCCAUCUACACUUACCUUCCAGCAUUCAAGCAAUAUGGUGGCAAUGCCAAGGUGGUCCAUUUCCUCGGGCAGACCAAGCCAUGGAGUUACACAUUUGACCCCAAAACCAGACAGGUCUUAGGAGGUGCGCACGAGGCCACCUCACAUCCCACCUUCCUCCUGGACUGGUGGAUCCUGUACUGCAGCGCCGUGGUGCCCAUGCUGCAGGAGCAAUAUGGAGACAAGCCUUUCCACUCCGGAUGUACAGGGUUCCAGUACAGUGACAUGGUCACUUUUCAGAGUGAAAAGAUAUGGAACUGGGACGCCACUUCACUUGCACAAGCACUCGAACCCCAGAUGUCCUCCGAAGAACGGAAGCAGAAAUGGGAGCAAGGCCAGGCAGACUACAUGGGAAUGGACUCAUUUGAUAAUAUCAAGAGAAAGCUUGAUACUUUUCUCAAAUAAAGAAGCAGGAUAUCAAAAGAGCACUUGCAGUAUAGCAAACUCACCACAGGUCUUUUCAUGAAAACAGCUUACAUUUUUCCUUCCUAGCAGUUUCUGAACUAGAAUGGAGCGGAGUGUCUCCCUCCAUCAGCACUAUCCCCUUCGUACUCCAAAGACAGCGCCGUUUCAAUAGGACAUGAAAAGUUAAAUUUUCUCAACGGCUUUAAUUGUCUAUGCAAGACUGUCAUUAUUCAGUUUACCCUGCCACAGGUAUCUGUUCUGUUACACUGUGAAGAAAAUCAGGAAAGAUUUAUAAUAAUUCACACUUUUUGAAGGUACAUGCAAUAUAGCUUUAGCAAUAUUCUCUUUUUUUCGGUGUCAAUGCUUGUUUUGUUUUGUUAAAAGGAUAUGGCAACGAGUUGGACUGGGCCUUUUUGUAUCGUGUCUAAGGUUAGCAGUCACUUACAUGAACUUUUUUUUUUUUUUUACUAUGCCGUCAUCUCGCAGUCUUCUGAGCAUUAAUAAUUGCUUUUUUUUCUCUGUUUAAUUUCUCGUGCUUUUGAAUUGAAACAGCCUCUGUUUAACAUAGAUCUGAAAACAUGUUUACAGCACAUCUAAAGGCCAUAGUAUGGACUUUUAACCAUACACUAGUUCCUUAGUGCCUUCUUGCUCUCUAUUGCCAUCAUCCGAUCUGUUCUUGACUUGCAGCUUUUCUGUAGGACAUGAAGGUUUUUAACUUUCUUUUGUUUUACCUACUUGAUCAGGAUGUUGGCUGUAACACAAAAAUCUGUCAUCUGGAACUAUUAAACACAGCAUUACAAGUUUG